AUGGCUACUAUUUCUGAACUAAAAAAGUUACGCGGUAGCAUAAAACGUAACCUAACAAAUUUUGAAAAUGUUUUAAAAGAAAUCAAUGAUGAAACAGAUCUAGAGUCUCUUGAUUUAGAUGGUAGAUUGCAAAGACAUCUCAGUUUAUGGGAUGCUUUCAGCAAUGUGCAAGAUAAAAUUGAUAAUUUGAUAACUGAUGAGACAGAAAGGGCGACAAAUGAUUCAGAAAGGGAAUCCUUUGAAAAAAGAUUUUAUACUGUUAGCGGCUUAACUAAAAGGCAUUUAAGAACAAUUUCGAUGACGUCGUUAGCAUCAGUCCCUCAAAACACUGUUCCGGUUAGCACUGAAAAUGUUGAUAUAUCUCAAUUUCCAAAAUCGCGAUUUGAACUUCCUAAACUUCAGACUCCUACAUUCGAGGGUUCUUGCGAAACAUGGCUUACAUUCCGUGAUGCGUUCAAAUCAAUGUGUCACAACAAUCCCUCUAUUCCAGAACUUCACAAAUUUUAUUACCUGAAGGCCUGUUUAAAAUCUGAAGCGGCGGAAGUUAUUGAUUCGCUCGAAAUCACUGCUGAAAAUUAUAAAGUAGCUUGGGACGCUCUCAAUCAAAGGUACGAUAAUCAAAGAGUAAUUGUUGAUAGUCAUGUCAAAUCUUUAUUCGAAAUCUCAUGCAAUUUAAAAAAUUCAUCUAUUCGCGGUUUAUUAGAUAAUUUGCAAAAACGUAUGCGAGCUCUUGAUGCAUUGCUUACACCCAAUGCUCAAAGGGAUAUAAUGCUGAUUUACUUAGUUAAAAGCAAUCUCAACAAUCACAAUCGCGAAAAAUGGGAGGAAAGUUUAAUUUCUACCAGAGUGCCGACUAUGGAUGAUUUUACUCGUUUUCUAGAACAACGCGCGAUUAUCGAAUCUUCGCAUUUGAAUCAAAACCAGAAUUCCUCUCAAAAAUGUGCCUCGAAUAAAAACGGCAAUAAGUCUCAAUCGAAUUCUAAGCAAUCUCAAUCCUGCAUGAAAACUACAAUUGACGCGUCAUCAAAGAAAUGUUCUAAUUCUUGUCCUGUUUGUCAAGAAAAACACAAGCCUUACGCCUGUCCAACAUUUUUAAAAUUGUCACCAUCAGAACGGUAUAACGAGAUUAAAAAGACCUCUCUUUGUCGCAAUUGUUUAAAUGGCCCUCAUCGAACCAUUGAUUGCAAAGCGUCUAAUUGUCAAAAAUGUAACGAGAAACACAAUACUCUUCUUCAUUUUGAAAAAAGAAGUUCUAAUAACCAAGUCAAUAAUUCUGACGUCAAUGCAACAGACUCAGGUAUAGGUGAUCCUUCUACUUCGCAAUCAACACAAUAUCAAGGUUUUCAUGCGCAAAUCACCUCACAAAUUGUUCUAGGGACUGCUGUGGUUGAUAUUUCAAAUAGCAAAGGUGAAUUUAAACCUUGUCGCGUACUACUCGAUUCGGGAUCUCAAUGCAAUUCUAUAUCAGAAAAAUUCGCAUCAUUCUUGGGAUUACAAAAAAGAAGUGUAAACAUUAAAUUACCUGGUGCUCAAAACAUUAGCUCUUCCGUGAAGUACAGUACCGUCGUUAAAAUCAAGUCGCGUUAUUCAAACACAAAACUUGAAUUGUCUUGUCUCAUCUUCAAAGAGAUUUCAGAUCUCAUGCCGAAUCUAGCGAUCGAUAAAAAAUGGAUUAAUAUACCGGAUGGUAUAAAACUAGCGGAUCCAGAAUUCCACAAACCCGCUGAAAUUAAUCUAUUGAUUGGUGCUGAAUUCUUCUUUCAACUAUUACAAACCGGUCAAAUGUGCGUCAAGGGACAAUCUGCUGUAUUUCAAGAAACUCUUCUCGGUUGGAUUUUAACCGGCUCAAUUUCGAAUCCGAUCUGUUCAAACAGCUCAAAAAUCUCUUGUAAUCUUAUUAAAUUUCGCGAUCUACCUAUUCUAUGGGAUAUAGAUACGGAAUCUAAUGAAAAAAUUCAAUCGGCAGAUGACGUUGCGUGCGAAAAACACUAUAAAGACAAUGUCUCUAGACUUGAAUCGGGCGCGUAUUGCGUAAAACUUCCUUUUAACGAAAAAAGGGAAUUAUUGAGCAAUUCUCGAAACACUGCUUUCCAGCGUUUUUAUGCACUGGAACGAAAAUUCGAAAAGAAUCCUUCUUUAAAGGAUCAAUAUACCGAAUGCAUUAACUGGUAUCUCAAACUUGGUCACAUGUCACUUGUUCCGCCCGAAGAACCCCUCGAUCACGGGUAUUAUCUUCCACAUCAAGCAGUGGUAAAAACAUCGAGUUUAACCACAAAGGUAAGAGUUGUCUUUGACGGCUCAGCAAAAACAACCUCAGGUAUCUCUCUUAAUGACACACUAAUGGUGGGACCUACAGUACAAGACAAUCUCAUUUCUAUACUCCUACGAUUUAGAUGCUUUCAAUACGUACUGACUGCAGACAUUGAACAAAUGUAUAGACAGAUUCGUGUCACAAAUGAAGAUAGUCUUUUUCAGAAAAUUCUAUGGCGAGAUUCGCCUAAAGAGCCAAUCAAAAUCUAUAGAUUGAAAACAGUCACCUUCGGAACCUCCUGCGCUCCCUUUUUAGCAACUCGCACUCUUUCUCAACUCGCAGAAGACGAGUCCAAAAACUUUCCAAUCGCCUCAGAAGUUCUAAAAGAUGACUUUUACGUCGAUGACCUUCAAACUGGUAGGCAAACAUUAGAAGAAGCGCGUGAAUUACGAGAUGACUUAAUUGUUCUUCUUAAUCGCGGUGGGUUCAAUUUACGAAAAUGGACAUCAAAUCACCCUGAUCUAAUUAACGAUUUAGCAAAUAGUAAUCCAGAAGAUUUUAUGUCUCUAGAUCCUACAAAAUCAGUAAAAGCAUUGGGAUUGCAUUGGCACCCAUCUAGUGAUUCAAUUUUUUAUGCAGUAAAUUUCUCUUCAACAAAAGGCCUUGCCACAAAAAGGUCUAUUUUGUCUGAAGCUUCCACGAUUUAUGAUCCAUAUGGUUUGGUUGCUCCAGUAAUUGUGUCCGCAAAAAUUCUUAUACAGCAUCUCUGGAAAGAAAAACUUUCAUGGGACACUCCGGUCUCAUUAGACAUUCAAAAUUUCUGGAAUAAUUACAGAAACCAAUUACAAUGUUUAAACGAGAUAAAAUUCAAACGAUAUAUCUUAUCUCCUGAUCACACUGAACUUCAAAUCCAUGGUUUCGCUGAUGCCAGUGAAAAGGCCUAUGGGGCAUGUCUUUAUUUCAGGGUUACUAAUAGCCAAGGACAGCACCAUUGUGCUCUUAUCUGUGCAAAAUCUAAGGUGGCCCCUUUAAAAGCUACCACCUUACCUCGACUUGAAUUGUGUGCAGCAAAUCUAUUAAUAAAGUUGUACAAAUCAACAGUCGAAGCAUUUCAGUUUCAAAUCAAUAAAAAAUUCCUUUGGUCUGAUUCAACAAUUGUGCAUAAUUGGAUAAAUACUCCAUCCUAUAAGUUAAAAACAUUUGUGGCUAAUAGAAUUUCUGAGAUUCAAUCUAAUUCUCAAAAUCACGAUUGGAGACAUGUACCCACGCAAGACAAUCCUGCUGACAUAAUUUCUCGAGGCCAAGCUCCUCUUGAGUUUGUGAAUAACAGGCAAUGGAUUCAAGGUCCUGCGUGGUUAAGCCAAGACGAAAAUUGUUGGCCUGUGUUUAAGUUGGAAAAACGAGACAUACCUGAAGUCAAAACUCCCUCACCAAUCUCUCUGAUCGCAAAGGUAGAGACUCAUGGGCCCAGCAAUAUUGUUCGAAACCACAGUAAGUUGAGAACCUGCGUAAACGUUAUGGCGUACUGUCUCCGAUGGUUAUCAAUAGUCAAGCGCAAAAAGGAUAGCAAUAAAAUCACAGGUAAAAUAUCCCUCGAUGAAUACGACGCAGCGCUCGAAAAACUAAUUUCACUCGCGCAACAAGAAUCAUUUCCACGCGAAUUUCAAGCUCUUUCAAAAAAGGAAAACAUUCAUCCAAAAAGUAGUCUUGUGAGUCUACAUCCAUUUUUUGAAUCAAAUUUGAUAAAGGUAGGCGGAAGGCUUUCCCAAUCUGAUCUAUCCUACAGUCAAAAACAUCCUAUAGUCCUCCCGAAAAAUCAUGCUUUAACAAAGCUUAUUAUUCGAGACGAGCACAUUUCACGCAUGCAUGCAGGGACUAAUGCUACUCUGUACGGGGUUAGAGAGAAAUUCUGGCCUAUUGACGGUCGCAACGCUACUAGGCACACAAUCAAACAAUGCGUUCAAUGUUUUCGAGCGAAACCGCGAGAACUCAAUUAUAUAAUGGGAAAUUUACCCCAUAACAGAUUGUCUUCCUCUCGUCCAUUUUUAAAUGUGGGGGUUGACUAUUGCGGACCGUUCUUCAUAAAAGAACGACGUCAUCGAAAUCUAACUAAAGUAAAAACAUAUGUAUGCGUCUUUGUUUGCAUGGCCACUAAGGCAAUUCAUUUGGAAUUGGCAAGUGAUUUGACUACCGAGGCCUUUCUGAAUUGUUUGAAGCGAUUAUUUGCUCGGAGAGGGUUGGCACAUACCAUCUCCUCUGACAAUGCUACCAAUUUCAUUGGAGCUAAAAACGAAUUAAAAGAAUUAUAUAAAGAAAUUCAGACUCUUGAAGAAGGUGAAGAGUUCAAAACUUUUUUAGUUCAGAAAAAGAUUAGCUGGUAUUUUAUUCCACCCCGGACACCUCAUUUUGGAGGUCUCUGGGAAGCUGCGGUGAAAUCGUUCAAAAAGCAUUUCACAAGCAUCGCAGGCAACACUCUUUUAACUUAUGAACAACUACAUACAUAUGUAGUUGAAAUUGAAGCUAUACUCAAUUCAAGACCUCUUACACCACUUUCUUCCGAUCCAAAUGAUCUCCUUCCUCUGACUCCUGGUCACUUUUUGAUUGGGGCACCCAUGACAACUUUUCCACACAAAGAUUUGCGAAAUGUUUCGGCAAACCGUCUGAAUUGCUGGGAACACGCUCAGCAGCUGCGUCAUCAUUUUUGGGAUAGAUGGAGCAAAGAAUAUCUCAAUGAGCUAAUCUCCCGCUCGAAAUGGAAGGCAGCUUCAAACCAAGACGACAUCAAAAUAGGCACACUUGUCGUGCUUAAGGAGGACAACUUGCCGCCCUUGUCAUGGAGACUUGGCCGAAUAUCCGCUAUCUUCCCAGGGCAAGAUGGCAUUAUUCGAACAGUGAAUGUUCAAGGUUCAACUGGAAGAACGGAGACGAGGAGCGAGAGGGCAAGUGUGGGAAGUGAGAGAGAAAGUGUAGUGAGUAAGGGGGGAUCAGAAAGCGAAGCCGGCAGUGAUAUCGCUGUGUUCGAUUCUCCAAAGGCGAAAAAGAAAGACACGCAGCAAAAGGCGGAUCGAGAGAAAGCAAAAGACGGAAAGGACACAAGGGGUAGAAAGACGAAUAAGGAAAAAAAGGAGAGGGGGGUAAGCUUUGCGUCGGUGGUGAUGAUGGACGGUUUUGUCAUGAAAGGGGAUAAAGCAAAGCAAGAGACAGGUAAAAAAGAAAAGAAAAUGGAAGCAGAGGAAGAAGAAAAACAGGAAGAGGGGGGUUUUGGAAAGAUUUUAGAGGUGUUGAAGAAAAUGGGGGAAAAAUCAAGAAAAGGAUUAGAAGAUAUGCGAAAGGAAUUAAGUGAGAGUAGGAAAAUAGAUGAAGAUAGAAACACCAAAAUGGACAAGAAAAUGGAAGGGGUCUUGGUGGAAAUGGCAAAGAUAAGGGAAAUGUGGACACGGUAUGAAGAAGAAUGGAGAAAAGAAAAAGAUAAUGUAUGGGAAAAAUUGAGUAGUUUAGAAAAGGGGAUUAGUGAUAAAGAGGAAGAAAGGAAGGAAGAUGUAAGAAGAAUAGAGGAAAGAAUUGAAGGACUAGAGGGCCUAGAGGAAAGAAUGGAAAGUUUAGAGAAGAGGGGAGAAGUUGAGAACGUGGAUGGGAUAAUAGAAUUAAAGACGGGGGAAUGA